CAUAGAACAAUGGAAGGGUUAAGGCUGGUUGUCAUGGUGAUUUUUGUUAUGGCUUUGUCUGUGGAAAGCCAAUUGAAAACAGGGUUUUAUUCUUCUUCAUGUCCGAAAGCCGAGGCCAUAAUUAGGUCCACAGUUGAAUCAUACUUCAAGAAAGAUCCUACCAUUGCAGCAGGGUUGCUCAGGCUUCAUUUUCAUGACUGCUUUGUUCAGGGCUGUGAUGGUUCAGUGUUAAUUGCAGGCCGGUCUUCUGCUGAGAGAAAUGCGUUGCCAAAUCUAGGAUUAAGAGGGUUUGAAGUAAUUGAUGAUGCCAAAUCACAGAUAGAGGCCUCAUGCCCUGGCGUGGUCUCGUGUGCUGAUAUACUAGCACUGGCUGCUCGUGAUGCUGUGGACUUGAGUGAUGGUCCAAGUUGGUCAGUCCCAACAGGUAGAAGAGAUGGCAGAGUCUCUUUAUCCUCCCAAGUCUCAAAAUAUUUACCUUCUCCUCUAGACUCCAUUGCGGUCCAGAAGCAAAAAUUUGCUGAUAAAGGCCUUGACGAUCACGAUCUCGUAACUCUCGUUGGAGCACAUACCCUAGGCCAAACACACUGCCAGUUCAUACGGUAUCGCCUAUAUAAUUUCACAGCAACAGGAAAUGCAGAUCCAUCUAUAAACCAAUCAUUCCUAUCACAACUUCGAGCCUUGUGUCCCAACAAUGGUGAUGGCACAAUACCAGUUCCAUUAGAUAAAGAUAGCCAGACAGAUUUUGAUACAAGCUUUUUUGAGAACGUACGUGAUGGUAAUGGAGUUUUGGAGUCUGACCAGAGACUUUGGGAUGAUGCUGCAACACGAGAUGUUGUGAAAAAAUAUGCUGGCACCAUAAGAGGACUUUUGGGACUUAGGUUUGACGUUGAGUUCAGGCAAGCCAUGGUUAAAAUGAGUAGCAUUGACGUGAAAACUGGGACAAAUGGAGAGAUUAGAAAAGCUUGUUCAAAGUUCAAUUAAUCAAUCGAAGGAGUGCUGCAACAUAAAAAUCUGC